UGAGACGGAACACGUGUGGGUGCAGUGGGUGGGGCGGACAACUGUAAACACCAACUGCUCUCCGGCUCUCCCCCUUCUGACUCUGGACCCAGAGACAGAUGGGUGUUAAUACACCCGGCGGCGAACGUCAACGUCAACAACAACAACACAAAAUGACUCGUGGAGCGCAUUACACGGUGUGACGCAAGAUGCGAUGCUACCUCCACGCAUUUCUCCUGUGCGCGGCCUUCACCUUGUGCUCGGUGCUGUACGCGUUCAGCAAACUAGCGUCCACGUUGGAGGACGGCGAGGAGUGGGCCGCGAGGGAACCGGGGACACGGGGCAGGGGCAGCCAUGACGCCGGGCACCUUCUCAGGAAACACCCGGGACUGGCAGCAGGCCUCGGUGACCGCGAAGACGGGUUUGACAGAUCGCCGUCGGCCUCGUACUGGGAUCCGCAUCGGAGACUGCCCGCGGAUGUUUGUGGAGUGAACUGCUUGUUGGAACCCACUCUUAGAGAGAGGUCAAGCUCUGCAGUCAAGAAAUACAGUGAUGAGAGGAGUCACCUGGCUGUGGUGGCCUGUGGCCCCCGGCUGGAGGAGACUCUCACCAUGCUGAAGUCGGCUGUUCUCUUCAGCAAAAAGCCCCUGCACUUUUACAUCUUUGCUGAGGAUGAUCUGCAUGGCAGCUUCAGAAGUGCCCUGGACUCCUGGCCCAGGACCGUUCAGACCAGGUUUGAGUUCACCAUCUUCCCCAUCACCUUUCCCAAGGAGAAUGCGAAGGAGUGGAAGAAGCUCUUCAAACCGUGUGCUUCUCAGAGGCUCUUCCUGCCUCUGAUCCUGAAGGAGGUGGAUUCUUUGCUCUAUGUGGACACAGAUAUCCUUUUCCUGCGGCCGGUAGAGGACAUUUGGGCCCUGCUUUCUCGGUUCAAUUCAAGCCACUUAGCUGCCAUGGCUCCGGAGCAUGAGGAGCCACGCAUCGGCUGGUACAACCGCUUCGCCCGUCACCCUUAUCAUGGCAAGACGGGCAUCAACUCAGGUGUCAUGCUCAUGAACAUGACUCGCCUCAGGGAGAAACUUUUUCAGAACGACAUGACCACAGUUGCACUGCAGUGGGAGGAAAUUCUGAUGCCUCUUCUCCAGAAGUAUAAACUCAAUAUCACCUGGGGUGACCAGGACCUUCUCAAUAUCAUAUUUCACCAUAACCCAGAGAGCCUAUACGUGUUCCCCUGCCAGUGGAACUACCGUCCAGACCACUGUAUCUAUGGCAGCAACUGUCAACACGCUGAACAAGAAGGUGUCUUCAUUCUCCAUGGUAACAGGGGAGUGUACCACGAUGACAAGCAGCCAGCGUUUCGAGCGGUCUACGAAGCCAUCCAAAAGUAUCCAUUUGGCGAGAGCAUGGAGACCUCACUGCUUCGGCCCCUGGAAGCGUCGCUACAGACCACCACACACACCUACUGUGGUAGAGCCAGUCACCUUUUCACCAAGAGGUUAAAACAGAGCGUCAUGUCUGCUCAACAAUCAGAUCCCCACUUCAAUACCACUCCGUGAAUAAUGUGACUGGAUGAAGAGUGUUGGGAUUGAAAACACUCAUGUGGAGCCAAUGAGCUGGAAAAGGAAACCGACUCGGGUCAACGCUGAACCAUCUGUUUGCAAACCACAUAACAAGAAGAAGAAGAAGAAGAAGAUACUUAGACAAUCAGUUGGUAUUAUUAUUGGUUUGUUUUCAACCUUCAAUCACGUUGCACAAUUGUCUUUGUGAUAAAAAAAAAUUCAGCAGGGUACUAAUAUGUAUGCUUUUCUUAUCAAGAGUUGUUUUAUUAGAGUUGUUUUAAUAUAAUUUUGUCCAUGCAGUAUAUCACAGAAAAAGUUGUCAUUAUUUUUCAGGUACUUAGGGUUAAGUAUUCAUUAAGCAUAACUUGUACUCAUCUGAUCAGUAUUUAUUAUUGUUGGACAGGAAGCACUUUUGAUGUUUCACAUGAGGCUUUGUUUCAUGUACUCUGGUAUGGGAGUUUUAACAGCAUUGCUCACUUUACAUUCUAGCAGCGUUUACACUGAUCAGCCACAACCUUAAAACCAGUUACCUCUUAAUACCUGUUGUAAUGUUGUGGCUGAUCAGGAGACCCACACAGACCCUGCACCCACAGAAUUCCAAACUGCACAUCCGUAGAUUUUAAACGAAUAGAGACGCUGCUUGUGAAACAGGAUGUAAACACAUCUCCACCCCCUCCUCUCUGUGUGGGACAGUCGUGUGUUUUCUCAGUUAACAUUUAAGACACAGUGAAAGGAAAAGAAACACCUUCCCAUUAUUCCUUUGUUAAUUGUUCCUUUAUCUGUAAAUAUCAAAUCUAUGAAAAUCAGCAUCAGAGUAUUUUUACAUGAGUCUUUUUUUGUAAAGGGUUUACAAAAGGUAAUCCAAUCAAAUGUGCAAAUUACGUUUGACUGCUGAUGAAUCAACAUCAUCCCAAAUGUCAGUUGUUAACGAUUGUAACAAUGUCAUUUUGAAAUUUCAACAAUGCAAUAUCUGAAACAAAAAUGUUAUAAACAUUGAAAUCUAUGGGAAAUAAAUAUUUUAUCAACUUUGAA